ACCGUUUAAUAUGUUUUGUAUAAUCGUCACACAUGGUCACACUUUCAAUUGAAAUGAAAACAAUCAAAGUUUAUAAACUUCAAAUCGAUGUAGUUUUUCUUAUUUUCGAGAAAGUAAACAAUGGCAGUAGUUUUGUUGCUUAAUUCUAAUGGCGAAGAACGAGAUCAUGUUCUUAGAAGAAGGAUUAUGGACGCAUCAAAUCCGUUUGAGUUGGACGAUUUAAAAUUUGUAAGGAACUUUCGCCUCAAUAAACGGGCAUUUAAAUAUGUCUUGGAUGAGCUUUCCAUCGAGAUACAGGGGGGAACUUCUUUGUCCAUACCGCCCAUUUUAAUGCUAGCUUCAACCUUGCGCUUUUUUGCCGAAGGAGGCUACCAAUUUGGAGUCGGAAAAGAUGCGACACUUAAGAUGUCCCAAUCAUCGGUAUCCAAGUGCAUAAAAAUUGUUUUAAAUAAACUGGAAGUCAAACUUGGCACAAAAUGGAUUAACUUUAAAUUAAACCACGAGGAAAAGGAAGAAAUGAGACUACAUUUCUUCGAAAAAUUUGGCUUUCCGGGAGUAAUAGGAUGCGUUGAUGGAACGCACAUUGCCAUCAAAUCUCCUGCAUUGGAAUGAUAUUGAAAAAGACUUUCUCCUCCGAAGUCACACACAGGUCUUCGCUCGAAACUAUUGCUCCUAAUUGAUCCUCAUCAAGUUUGAGAAAAUCACUACAGCUGCAGAUUUUUUCAAAAUUCGCACUU